CAUGUUUCCUCGAUAACCGUAGCUCCUUGUUCAGAGAUGCUGAUCAGGGGAACAGCGCUAGCAUCAGUACCACUACACUGAUCUCGGCGGGAUGGAGGCGAAACCCCCGAUUUAAGUGGAGAGACAUGUCAAAAAAGAACCUUGAGAACAACCACAACUCGAAGGCAACCAUGCAUUAAACAGCGCAAAACAAAAAAUGCCUGUCUUCAUUAAACAAGAUCCCUCAAUGGUCCAUAAAGCUCUCAAUUAAUGACAAUUAAUGUCAAGUGUCAAAGAGAAGCAGCAUAUUGCUGCCGUGCUGGAAAUAAUCUUGCUAAUGGAAAGAAAGCUGCUUAAAAUUCAAUGCCCCAGACACAAGUAAAUGCAACAUAAUGCCUUCAAAGGUUUCUUGCUUAUAUGUUUUGACAGUUGUCUGCUGGGCAAGUGCUCUCUGGUACUUGAGUAUAUCACGGCCAUCAUCAUCCUAUGUCGGGCAGCUUUCAGUGCCUAUACGAAAAACAGUGAAACCCAAGAACUUAACUUACAGCAACAUCCGGACCCGCCCCUUGAACCCGCACGCUUUUGAAUUUGUUAUCAACGAGCCGAAGAAGUGUGAGGCAGAUGUGCCAUUCCUUGUCAUCCUCAUCAGUACCACCCACAAGGAGUUUGACGCACGGCAGGCCAUCCGAGAGACCUGGGGUGACGAGAGUGUCCUGAGUGACGUCCGCAUCAUUACGCUCUUCCUGUUGGGCAGGAACACCGAUGCUGUCCUCAACCGGAUGGUGGAGCAGGAGAGCCAGAUCUUCCACGACAUUGUGGUGGAGGACUUCAUUGACUCCUACCACAACCUCACCCUCAAGACCCUCAUGGGCAUGCGCUGGGUGGCCACCUACUGCCCCAAGGCCAAGUAUGUCAUGAAGGCAGAUAGCGACAUUUUUGUGAACAUGGACAACCUUGUCUACAAGCUCCUGAAGCCCACCACAAAGCCCAGGAGGAGGUACUUCACAGGCUAUGUGAUAAAUGGGGGCCCUAUCAGGGACAUGCGUAGCAAGUGGUACAUGCCCCGGGACCUGUAUCCUGAGAGUAAGUACCCCCCGUUCUGCUCAGGAACAGGCUACGUGUUCUCAGCCGACGUGGCGGAGCUCAUCUACAAGACAUCUCUUCACACGCGGCUGCUGCACCUGGAGGACGUGUAUGUUGGGUUAUGCCUUCGCAAGCUGGGCAUUCACCCCUUCCAGAACAGUGGCUUUAACCACUGGAAGAUGGCCUACAGCCUCUGCCGCUACCGCCGGGUCAUCACUGUGCAUCAGAUCUCUCCAGACGAAAUGCACAGGGUCUGGAAUGACAUGUCCAGCAAAAAGCACCUCAGAUGUUAGUGGUGUCAAAGGACUGCGCCAAACUUCUACCCCCAUUUUGUUUAACUUUGUCAAACCCCAGAAUCAUACAAUCCAAGUAUGCUUUGUUUCAUGACGCCUUCACCUGAGGAUGCUUGCAGUUGCCUAUUGAAGUUUGUCCUCAGUGGUUAACCAGUAACUCGGAAAUUAAACAAGUAACCCAGUGGAUAACAAGGGUAUGUGGCUUUAGGUCCACUUGUUCUCACUCGGUCAGCUGUGACAGUGAAUUAGUUUUUUAGGCUUAUUUGCAACUUUAAUAUAAUCAGCAGUUAAAAACAGUACAUUUAAGGUACAGCACACUUUCGUAGUGUAAUCAGAACAAUUUUCACAAGUACAACAUGUAGAUUUUCUAAAUGGUUUUGUUUGAGGUCUAACUUACCAGCAGCCAGUAUCCCAACAUGCAUUAAGUUUCUGUUCAUACAUCACAAAGAUUCAGUUCCACGGACUAAGGUCUCACCCACCCGUUCAGAAACAUCACUAAGCAUAACAUUGUACAUUCUGAGAUGGAAGAAAUCUGUUACCAGCAACUGUA